UGUCCUCCCUAUGUUGAAAACGCUAAGGGGGCGGAGAAUAAAGGAAACCGACUGGUGCUCUUGAGAAUCAGUUCCUCGGAUGCCCAAGCCUAAGAGAAAGCGGUUCCGCGCGUGGUUCGAAGGGUACCGCGUGGGAACAGGGGUACUCCCGGGUAGGUGUAACCAGGGCUCGAGCACAGAUUGCCAGCCCGGAAUCAUGGCAAACAACGAACGGACUUUUAUUGCCAUCAAGCCAGAUGGGGUCCAGAGGGGCCUGAUUGGAGAGAUUGUUAAGCGCUUUGAACAGAAAGGAUUCCAUCUUGUUGCCUUAAAAUUCAUGCAGGCUUCUGAAGACCUUCUCAGAGAGCACUACAUUGCCCUGAAGGAUCUCCCCUUCUAUCCACGCUUGGUAAAGUACAUGCAUUCUGGGCCUGUAGUAGCCAUGGUCUGGGAAGGGCUGAAUGUGGUGAAGACAGGUCGAAUGAUGCUAGGAGAGACCAACCCGGCAGAUUCCAAACCAGGGACUAUCCGUGGGGACUUCGGUAUUCAGUCUGGCAGGAAUAUUAUUCAUGGCAGUGACUCAGUGGAGAGUGCUGAGAAGGAGAUUGGCUUGUGGUUCCAUCCUGAUGAAUUAGUUUAUUACAAGAGCCAUGCCCAGCAGUGGAUCUAUGAGUAAUAUGGAGGAAGCAUAUUGAGCUUUAUGGAGACUUUUGUGCUUGCUAUUUACUUUGGCUAUACAGUGUUAUAUUUUUCUCGUCAUUAAAAGGUCAUUGGAACUAU